UCAGAUGAAAAACCCAAGCUGUUUGCUGGAAUGCCGCGGCCAACCUGGAUAUGUGGCAGGGUUCGCGUAAAAAGGCCCCGCGAGAAUACGAUUGCCGCCUCGUUUACUGGUUGUAUGCCCCGGUUGUAGGCAUUUAAUGUGAAAGCUUGCCGGGCUUGACGACUUUGGCUGCACCCGCUAGCUCUAGGCCGGGAUGAGGCGGGCAGUUAAGACCCAAAGAAUUCCCACCGAAGGUCAAAGACUUGGAGAAACACACUCGCUUACAUCUACGUAUCACUUGUACACUGUUAGUAGCUCACACGCUGAAACUACUGUUGGCGCGCUCCACAGCUAUCGAGAGCGCCUCGACUUCGCGUUGCAACUUUUUGCGUGGACUCUGUUGCUCAGAUCCUGCACGCCAUGCGGUAGGAUAGGACGUAGGAUGGAAGGAUGAAGAAAGCUAUCAGGUCUUUGCUGCGCAAGCUCGUGCCAUUCGACGAGGUGGCUGAAGCGCAAGCAGCCCCUGUUCCAGCACACGCAAUAUCAUCAGCACCAGCAACACAGGCGGCGCACGCAGGGCUGCGGCGGAGCGGCUCCGCGGAGGCGCCUGUCCACACUCAACCGCCGGUCACGGCAGCAGCCCCGCCUCCCCCAGCCGCACCGCCUGCUCCGGCUGCGCAGCCCCCUCCGCCUCCCCAGGCGGUGCCAGCACCGCCCCAAGCCCCUGCAUCUGCAUCUGCUGCGCCACCUCAGCCGCAGCCUCAGCGGGCGUCGCAGCAGGCCCAGGCACAGCCCCAGCCCCAGCCGCAGCAGGCACCGCCUGCUAACGGCACAACCAACGGGAAGAGCAUGCUUGACACGAGAGACUUCUUCGCUGAGGCGGUGCACGCGGAGGCAAACCGAUACACGAUAAAGGAGGUCAUCGGCAAGGGCAGUUAUGGAGUCGUCUGCUCCGCGGUGGACAAUUUCACUGGCGAGAAGGUGGCCAUCAAAAAGAUUACCAACGUGUUUGAACACGUCUCUGACGCGACGCGCAUCGUCCGUGAAAUCAAGCUGCUGCGGCUCCUCAAACAUCCGGACAUCGUGGACAUCAAGCAUAUCAUGCUGCCGCCCAGUCCCAAGGACUUCAAGGACAUUUAUGUGGUCUUCGAGCUGCUGGAAACCGACCUGCACCAGGUGAUUAAGGCUAACGACGACCUGACUCCGGAGCACCACCAGUUCUUCCUGUACCAGAUGCUGCGGGGCAUCAAGUACAUACACUCGGCCAAGGUGUUCCACCGCGACCUCAAGCCCAAGAACAUCCUGGCCAACUCCGACUGCAAACUCAAGAUAUGUGACUUUGGUCUGGCGCGCCCCGCCUUCAACGACAUGCCCACCACCGUGUUCUGGACCGACUACGUGGCCACCCGCUGGUACCGCGCGCCCGAGCUGUGCGGCUCCUUCUUCGCCAAGUACUCGCCCGCCAUCGACAUCUGGUCCGUGGGCUGCAUCUUUGCCGAGGUGCUGCUGGGCAAGCCGCUGUUCCCGGGCCGCAACGUGGUGCACCAGCUGGAGCUGAUCACGGACCUGCUGGGCACGCCCUCGCCCGAGGUCAUCGCCAAGGUGCGCAACGAGAAGGCGCGGCGCUUCCUGCUCAACAUGCGGCCCAAGCCCGGGAUCCCCUUUGAGCAGCACUUCCCUCGGGCCGACCGCGGCGCGCUGCGGCUGCUGCGACGGCUGCUGGCAUUCGACCCGGCGGAGCGGCCCACGGCGGAGGAGGCGCUGGCGGACCCCUACUUCGCGGGCCUGCACUGUGUGGCCCGGGAGCCUGUGGCCCAGCCCAUCUCCAAGCUGGCGUUUGAGUUCGACCGCCGCAAGCUGACGCUGGAGGACGUGCGCGAGCUCAUCUACAGGGAGAUCCUGGAGUACCACCCGCAGAUGCUCAAGGACUACCUGGCCGGCGCCGCCCGCGCCAACUUCCACUACCCCUCCGCGCUCGAGUCCUUCAAGCGCCAGUUCGCGCACCUGGAGGCGGGAGGUGCGCCUCUGGCCCGCGGCACCACGGGCAGCACUGGCGCGCGCAUCUACCCCUCCUCCUCGCUGCCCAAGGAGUGGGUGGCGGAGUUCCAGGCCGAGGCCGCCAAGUACACCCACCAGCCGCCCGCAGCGCACUUCGCGGCCAACAGCCACGGGGGAGUCAUGAACGGAGGCGCGGCAGCAGGGCCAGGAGCAGGUGCGGACGCCGCGGCGGCAGCGGCCGCUGCUUACGCUGCGGCGGGCCAUAGCCACGGCCACCACGGGCCGCACCCGGACGCGGUGUAUGAGGCGGGUGAGGGCGAGGAGGAGCUGGAGGCGGCCGCGGCGGAGGCGGCCGCGCUGGCGGGGUAUCCGCCUGGCGGGGGCGGAGGCGGAGGCCUCCAACGCAGCGGCAACGGCAACGCGCACGCCGCCGCGCACGCGCUGGUCAGCCCCGCAGCGGCGGCGGCAGCGCAGCAGCAGCUGCUGCUGCAGCAACAACAGCAGCAGCGCGCGGCGGCGGCGGCCCAGCAGGCGUACCUGCAGCAGCAGCAACAGCAGCGCUGCCUGCCGGCGGCGGGGGCGGGGCCCGUGCCGGCGGCCUACCAGAACGCCCCGGCUGGGCCGGCGGUGGCGCAGGUUGGGCCGGCGGGGCUGCGGUCUGAGAGCAUGCGCUGAGCGCUCCUGGGGCAGCGGCGGCGAGCGGGCUGGCCAGUGGUCGGUGCCAGCUUACACCAGGCGCUUACUGGUGGCUGAUGGUGUAUGGAAUGGGUCCGGUCCUGAGGGGCCCUGGGCCGGGGGCUGGGUGUUAGUAGGUGCUGGCGGGGCGGGCAGCGCGCCUUGUGCAGCCGCCGGGCCUCCCGCCAUGCCCACCCCCGAAUGUAUCAUGUGACAAGACGACACUGUUGUCGUAGACGCGCGGCGCCGCGGCCGCCGAGCCCUGACGUCAAAGCGGCCGUCAUGGCUGCAGCAGCGCCCGCAGCGGCGAUGGCGGUCAGUGCGGCGCCGGCAGGGGUGGGCGCGCUCGGGCCCGUGCCCGCCUCUGGGGCCUGGGGCUGCGGGUGCGGGUGGACUGGCGCUACGGCUCCUCCCGUUGCGGCUCUCCCUCCCCCGUGUGAAGGUGUGUAUAUGUGCAGCCGCAGUGCCGGUGUGUGUGUGUGAGGACAGCACCCGGGUCCAGGGCGCGGGGUACGGCGUGCGGGCCCAGCACGGGUAGGGGCGGGAGCUGGAGGCGUGUAAGCAAGCAGCAGUAGGGUAUGGGUGUCGCGCGAUGUAACAAAAAGUGCGGGGGCGCAGAAAUGUGCUCCCGCCCCUUCCGGCGGAACGGUUGCGCGUGAGAUACCUGGGCAUAUAGCCGUUCCGAGGUGUGGUGUGCUGUGGGGUGGGGUGCGGUGGGUGCUGGCCACCAGGCUGGCGCGUGUGCCUGAACCGGCAUGCGCAUGUGGUGGUCUUGUUUGUGGACCCUGUUGAUGUUUGUGUCUGUGCCCGGUGUUGCUGUAUCAUCAAGCAGGCCGCGGGUGCGCGUGCCGUAUUUGCAAAAGUGAGCAGUCAGGCAGCAGCUGCAGAGGGGGCAGCCGCGCGUGUAGUUGGCGCGUAGUAACGUUCGAUGCAUUGGUUUCAUUGGAGAGUGAGAAUUGGCUGCAGGGCGGAACACAAACCGUGCUUCAUGGCGAGGCGUAUGGAGUGCGGUCUCCAGGCUCGGGCUGGGGACUGUCGCGUGCCGGAUGUAUCCCGAGUGUGUAUGUGCCGGUACGAAUGCGGGGGCGAUGCGGUGCAUAGCGCUCACAGCCCCCCUGUCAAGUCAGCACAGACGGCGCGGAGAAGCGGCGCAGGUUAUGCCACAUCCGAGGCUGUGCACGGCGUAUGCAAUUCUUCGAACGAAAUAUGGAUGUGGGUGUGUUUGUAUGCGCGUGUGCACUAGAAUAUGGGAAGCAUGAGGUACGUGGAGGCAAUAGCGUUGGGCUUAGGUUUUGCGGGCGCUUGCAGGGGAGUAUGCGUGCCUGCCGCAGUCAGCCAGUGAGCAGUGGAUAUGAUGGGUGGGCUGAGGACAAGGCUGUGACAGGGUGAGCAGUUAUGUAUGUGUACGUGCACUCGAGUGUGCUAACUGUGCUUGUGUGUCUGUGUGGGAUUGAUAAAGCUGACGAGGUAAUGCGGGGAGACAAGCCGCCAGGCGCAGCCGAGACCGAGACGUGUGCGUCUUUGCUAAAAGGUAACACGAACUCAAUG